AAACCUUUGAAUAUCCCUGUGAGCAUCAACAGCGUUACUGCUACCACCGGAUAAGGAGAGACUGACAUCAGAAUGGGGGCCGACAACUUUCUAACACCAAAGGCUAUUGCCAACAGAAUAAAGGCCAAGGGCCUCCAAAAGUUACGGUGGUACUGUCAAAUGUGCGAAAAACAAUGUCGGGAUGAGAACGGUUUCAAAUGUCAUUGUGCGUCCGAGGGCCACUUGCGACAAAUGCAGCUUUUUGCCGAGUCCCCGCACAAAUUCAUGAACACCUAUUCGCAGGAAUUUCAGCAGGAGUUCAUGAAGCUUCUUUCUCGUCGGUAUGGCACACGUCGUGUACAUGCGAAUCUGGUAUACCAGGAGUAUAUUUCAGAUCGACACCAUCUGCACAUGAAUUCAACCCAUUGGCAAUCAUUGUCAGAGUUCGUAAAGCAUUUGGGACGAGAAGGACUGUGCGAGGUAGAUGAAACACCCAAGGGAUGGUUCAUAAAGUGGAUUGACCGAAGCCCGGAAACAUUAGCCAAGCAAGAAGCUAUACAAAGAAAGGAGCGGAUGGAAAGAACAGAUGAGGAAAGAACUCAAAAGGCUCUUGAAGAGCAAAUUAAGAAGGCACAAGAGCAAGCGGCUGAGCAGGAGCAGGAAGCAACCGAACUCAAACGAGAUACCGCCGAAGAGCCAAUCAAACUGCAAUUGAAGACAACAUUCGCAUCAAAACCUUUCAAGAAAUUUGAGCCAAAAAAGCUGAACGCACUUGCCAUGGCAAGUAAGAAAACAGCUACGCCAGCAACUUCAUCACGAGCGCCGGAAAAUGGAGGUACCUCAUCAACGGAUUUGGUGGGAAAGAAGGUAUCCGCAGUGGAGCAGAUUAUACAAGACGAGCUGGCACGCAAGCGAAAAGGUCCACCAGGAGGAUUUUCAUUUUCUCAACGUGAUGAGAAGAAGCGUCGAUGACACCCGUUGCGAAUUUAUUAAAUGACAAUUAGCAAAAGAUAGUUGUUGUAGAUAACUCUUGCAUGCAAAUCUAUUGUUUGAUGGAUGCAGUCCCAUUCUGAUAUGUCAACACCAAAUGAUCGUAGAACAUUUGCUCUAAUUCCUCCUGGUUCG